GGCCUUCCUCCCGCUGACCAUACUGGGAGCUUAUCUUUUACAACACUCGACAAAGCGGAAGGAAAAAUAUGUGAACGCAACAACCAAACAUCAAACCCGCCAUGACAGACUUUUGACUUCAUCGAAAACUCUUGUCAUUUACCUGUGAUUUGCACUUCAAGCCUAGGCUCCAGUCCUUAGCUUCAUUGUUCAUUGAUUGGCGUUUGCUUGACAUCAUCCAUUCCAUUCCAUCUAUCUAGAGGUACAAAGUACAUUUGAAUAGAGUUUGCGACUCGAAUAAUCCAAAGGAACACAGGCAUCUUCUCCGAGUCGGCCUCCACCUGGUAUCGGCUUUACUCUGUCGGCUUUCAUACACCUCGCACUCUUUUUCUUCUUUUUUUUUUGUUCGUUGCAUGGGCUCACGCGAGCGUUUACAUACUUCCUUUAUACCAUAAUCCAGACUAUCUACACACUAUUGUUUGUCGGUUUCUUUGCUAUCUCGAAACGUCUUCCACGUCCAUUGGGCCUGGCGAAAUCCCGACGACUGCAAUGGCUUUCCAUCAACCGACUGCGAGGCAAUCCAGCAACCGUACCACAGCUCCCGUUGCCCUGCAAAACAGGCCCAGUCAAAUCAACCUUGCCAUAGAUUCGCAAGCGGCAUCUCCUGCCGCCGUCGAAGGUUCACAGACAUGGGUCCUAUUUUCACCCGCUGACGAUGCAACCACCACAACAUCAUAUCUGUCAUCCUUACAGACUCCCGGCCGGUCGCGAGCCAGCGAGCUAGGGAGCGGCAGCCUCAAUACUGUUGGAAGAUCUGAUCUGAACUCAGUACCAGAGAAUUCAGCUGUGAGGUCGGUGCUGUCAGUCGAUGACGAUGAGUUGGACGGCCUAGAUAGCCACCUGCCCGAAUUCCGAACAGCUCUGCACCAGCACUCAGACGCAUCCCAUUCCGUUCCGGUCCUACCUAGACACGAUGGCCUCGGCUCGUUCAGGCUGGAUACGAGAGGGAUAGAGAACGAGAUGCAGGAGCAUAUAUAUGCUUUCGAGCGGUACAAUCCCAGGCGCCAACAGCGCCAGCGAGAAGCGACGGAUCUGACCAAUCUCAUGCAACUCGACCAGCUCGAGAGUGGUACCACCGAGGCUGAGCGCAUGUCACGCAUCGAGGCGUGGCAGCAAGAACAGAGUCAGUUGCUUGUUGAAGCUGUACGAAAGGAGACGAGGAAGAGAAGGUAUUCUGGCGGAAACCCUUUGGUUUCCCGGAGACGAGAAGCUGCAGCCGCUGCGGCAGCCCUGGAACCCACCACGCAAGGAGGCGAGUGGCACGAGCAAGAUGCCUUAGCUUACGCAUCCGAGGAGGGUGAAGGUAUUUUCAGCAAAUUGACCCGGAAAGUAUUACGUGAUCUGAUGGGCGUGGAUGGCCGAGUCCUCUCUAUGCUUCUAGGGGAGGUUGCUUCGGAAGAUGAUGUCAGCCACUUGUCGUCAAGUACGCUCAAGGCAGCGACAAACGACGAUGAACCGUCUACCAUGGCCUCGGCAACAGGUGGCAGCGCGGGGUCGGAAAUUAUGGCAGUUUGGUCACCACGCUUGGUAGAGCGCAUUGCUCGUGAGCUCGGAAUAUUGGUGCAGCGCAUGUACACACAUCAUCCAGGCGCCUUCUCGACAUAUUCUCACCUGCAACAAAUGCAGUUUCCGUACGCUGGACUACCAAUGAUUCCAGAGGCUGAUAUUCCAUCAGCGGCAGACCCAUCCCUCCAAGAUGGUCAUCCGGCACGGGAUGUUGACAACGACUACAGAAUUGACGCCAGCGGUAGCAUGCCCCAGACAAUGAUGCCACAGUUCCAUCCUACCAUCUCCCAGCAGCAACAGGACAUGACACAGCCAAUGACACACUCUCGAAGAUCAAGCGAAGAAAUCGGAAAUUCAGGAGCCCCAGAGCAGACGCCUUCGACGUUCACGCAGCAGGAAUGGGAACAGGACUUGGAUGUCAGACUUGUGUUCCGAUACCUCCGAUCACGAUUCUCAUCAGACGCGUCGAAAACGACAUCAUCCGCAUCCACCACCCGCUCGGCAUCACACCACACAACCGCAGCUCAAGAGGCGGCUGCUCGUGCCGCUCGUGUCAGGCUUCAUCACCCCCUUGUGGGCCGCAACCUUGCCCGCAGGGCUGUCAUUCAACAUAACCACUCUCAUACUGCCGCGACUGGGACUAACAACCAAGCGGGGGCUUCGCCAGUCUCUCCAGUCUUGCAACAUAUUCAUCAACGACCAGGGGGCAGUUGCGCCAGCCAGAGCACAACGGCAAGGUCGGCCAGGCGACCUGGCACGAGACGCAGCGGGAGUUUCAGCGCAUCGGGGGCAUCACGGCACUCGAGUCGGCAUUUCUGGGACCUCGGGUGUGGCUCGGUUGCAUCUAGUAGCAUGAUCGCUAGCACUGGCCCAAUGGGCAGCUGGGGCGAAAUCUAAUCUGAGCCUGAGGCCAGUUAUCUUCUACUGAACGUGGUACAUGGCUGCUGACGUCUUGUUUAUUGUUUGGGGUUGCCCCUAAUUUGUGUGGAUUCCUUAGAAUUGCCCGUUUGAUUUAGAUACCUCUCUUAUCUGCAUUCUGUGGAAUAUGACUUUUUUCCUUUUCCUUUUUUUUCUCUCUUUCUGCUUUAUUUCUUUUUUCUAUCUCCCCUUUGGAGCAUUGGAUCAAUAUUUACAGGGCGUAUUGGUGCAUAUACGGUUGAUGGAUAGUUUCUCAUGUAAAGUAUAAUCGCAGUCGGAGUAACAUAUACACAUACAUAGACAAUGGAGGGGUUUUACCUCUGAAUGUAGUCGUUGUGAAAUGAGUGAGUACCAGUUAGUCAAUAGU